CGAAACAGUUUAAUCGAAACAAACUUGUUAAAUAUAAAAUAUAAAAUCAAAAUGGUUAAGUUAUACUUUCUUGCAUUGGCUGCGGUAGUUUUAGUUCUUGCUCCGUCAGAUGUCUCUGCUAUCAGUAAUUUCCACUACAAAUGUAAUGGAGGAAAUAUUCUAGUAAGUUUCACUCCUUCGCUCGAUCACUCUGGAACAGUGACCGUCGUGGGCACUAGCAAUUCAGCUUGUACAGUAGCGUUCAAAGUGAAUGAACCUUUUCAACAUACCUUCAACGCGAAACAAUGUGGAGGUCCAGCCAUGAAGCUAAAAGUUAUGGAAUCCCAGCUAAUAGUUCACGGUGGAUCAACUUCUUCAUCAUCUUCAUCUUCAACCCAAACUGUUAACUGCUAA